UCUCUCUCUCUCUCUCUCUCUCUCUCUCUCUCUAAAAUGCCAAGAAUCUUGUGGAAAAGCUUCCACCUUUGUUUCCGAACAAACCUCACCAAGUGCUCAUCUCCGCCGUGUCUCCCCUCCUCCUCCGCCGCAGAUGAUCCCGGCGACCUAAACCGCCGCUGCAUCCUCCUCCACCACCACCACUCUUCCGCCGUCUCCGCCGCCGCCUACUCCUCCACCUCACUCUCCGCCACCGCCGCCGGAACAUCCUCUUACUCCUCCUACGAUUCCGACUACAAUUACGACAUUGCCACUGACUCUCCCCCUCCUGACUUCGCCGCCGUUUUCGCCUCCCGCCGCUUCUUCUUCUCCUCCCCUGGCCCCUCCAAAGCCAUCACCGACUCUCCCGGAGAUCUCUCCCUUAUUUACGAUAAUGCCACGACCACCAUUACCACGGCCAAGAAUAAUGAGAAUGAGAGUUACGAGACUGCCACUGCCUUGACUGCCACUACAACUGCUUCGUCAGUGCCCCGUCUACUGAGCGGAGGAGCUGCCGUAAUGCAGCACGUACACUCGCCGGAUCCGUACAGAGAUUUCCGGCGAUCGAUGCAGGAGAUGAUCGACGCCAUGGACGGGAGAGAUGAUGCUGACGUGGCGAUGGAGAGGUACGAGCUCUUGCACGAGCUGCUACAGAGCUACCUCUCCCUGAACCAGAGGGAUACCCACGAGUUCAUCAUCCAGGCCUUCUCCGACAUUCUCGUCUCGCUCUUGUCGGAAGGCCGCCGGAUAGGCUGACGUGCCAUUACCUGACGAUUAUCAGCUUUUAGGUCUUCGAGAAGGAGAAGCAACGGCGCCCAGGAGAAGAAUUACUGACUUUUUUUUUUUGUAUGGUUUGGUGUUUUUAUUUUCCUAUUUGGGUUUUUGGUAAAAAAAAAUAAAUAGGGUGAGGGUCUUUAUUUUUCAUGCAUAAACGACAAAAAAUAAAAGUUAACUGUAAUUAUUG